AAAAGAGAGAGGCAGCUCCAAGCAUGAGUCGAGGGGGGCCUAAAACUGGAGCCCGUCUGCAGGACAAUGUCUCUUCCAGCCUCCUUUUGCCCCAGGAGAACCAGAAAGUAUUCCAGCUGCUUGGACGGAAGUGCACGACGCUGGCAACCACAGUGGUUCAGCUGUUGGUGGCCCAUGGCAGUGAUCGGUGGGCAAAGCAAUUUGUGGGGGUCCUGUGUUUGGUGAAGGACAAUCCCAGGCGUUCCUACUUCUUCCAGCUGUUUGACCUGCGGGACGAGAAGAUGGUGUGGGAGCAGGAGAUAUACGAGCAGCUAAAAUACAACACUCCCCGUCUCUACUUUCAUAUCUUCUGCUCCGAUGAUUGCCAGACUGGGCUCAAUUUUGCAGAUGAGGGUGAAGCUGCAGCUUUUCAAUUGGUUGUAGAAGAGAAACUAAAGAAGAAACAGCACAGACAAGACAGACGGCAAAAUUUACCUCCUCCUCCUCCAGUAUCAGAUGAUCGACGAACCUCUCUACCCCUGCCACCACCACCAGGACCAGGACCUUUCCCUAAUGGACCCACCAGCCCGCAGCCUCUGGCCCCCUCCCAAAGCCUUAACAUGCCGGCAGUCAGCAUCCCCAACCCAGAUAUCACUUCUGCCAGGUACCGGGCCUUGAGUGCGCCCACUGACAAGGACAAGAACAAGAAAGGGAAGAAGAAGUUCUCCAAGGCUGAUAUUGGAGCACCGAGUGGCUUCAAGCAUGUCAGUCACGUUGGCUGGGAUCCCAACAGUGGGUUUGAUGUGAACCAGCUGGAUCCCGACCUUCGUGAUCUAUUCAGCCGCGCAGGCAUCAGUGAUGCUCAGCUAAAAGAUGCAGAAACCUCCAAACUCAUCUAUGACUUCAUUGAGCAGCAGGGUGGGGUGGAGGCAGUGAAGAUGGAGAUAAGGAAAGCAGAGCCUGCACCUCCACCACCUCCUCCUUCCCGCAAUGCACCUCCAGCACCUUCCCACAGUCGCGGACGGACUGGCCCAUUACCGCCACCUCCAGUUCGUGGGUCAAGUGCUCCCCCACCUCCUCCUCCAUCCCGAAGCACCCCACCUCUUCCACCUCCAACUGUACGCUCUGGAGGUCCCCCACCCCCACCUCCCCCACCCCCACCAUCAGCCCCAGUUCUGCCUGCAACAAGUGGCCCAGCACCUCCUCCACCCCCUCCUCUGUCAGGAAACCAGAGCACCCCAACCCCAACACCUUCAGGAGGACGUGGCGCCCUUUUGGAUCAGAUUCGUCAGGGGAUCCAGUUGAAUAAGGUCACAGAUUCUGCAGAACCUCCUCCAUCUCCUCAGCCCAGCUCUGAGGGGUUAGUGGAUGCUCUGAUACAUGUCAUGCAGAAACGCAGCAAAGCCAUUCAUUCAUCAGAUGAUGAUGAGGAAGAUGGAGCUGAUGAUGAUGACGAUGAUGAAUGGGAGGACUGAUUGUUGACUCUUUUUGAUUAAUGUGAUUUGUCCCUUAAAGAGAUACUACAACCAAAAUAAACAUGUUUGUAUA